UCGGUGAGUGACUUGUGAAAUUAGGGACAAUUCCCCCAAAUCUGAGAGAACAGGGACCGUCCGAAACUCAGAAACUCGAAACCCACCUUAACAAUGGCUUCCUCCAAACAAUCCGCAGCCGAGAAAAAGACCAAAACAACCAAACCUACGAAAUCACCUAAGAAGCAAAAUGGUAUUGUUACCACGAAAAGGAACCCGGAAAAGAAUAAUAAGACCGCCAACGGCACCGUCAGCCAUUCCAACGGCUUCGUGUCAAUCCCAUCUUCAAGCGUCGAGUCCCAGGAAGACGGAGAACAAGGACGGAGCAGAAGUGCCGGCACGAGUAAGAGAGCCCGUGUCACCAAACCCACGAAAGGCAAACGAAAACAGCGAGAGGAAGAGGUCAACGACGUCGUUGAUCAACGAGAAGAGGAAGAAGAAGAAGUUGGAGAGAAACAGGACGUGAAGACGCAUAGGUUUCCGAUGCAUCGUAUCAAGACGAUUAUCCGAAGUGAGAACUCCGAUUUACGCGUUACGCAGGAGGCCCUUUUUGUCGUCAACAAAGCUACGGAGAAGUUCCUUGAACAAUUUACGAAAGAUGCGUAUUCGUGUUGUGUUGGGGACCGUAAAAAAUCGCUCGCUUACAAGCACCUAUCAUCGGUCAUUUGUAAAACGAGGAGAUAUGACUUUCUUUCAGAUUUUGUCCCUGAGAAGAUAAAAGCUGAAAAUGCCUUGGCAGAGAGAAAAUUAAAUGAGACAGAAGUGGGCUAGGUCCUUCAAAAUGUGCUGAUUGGGAUAAUAAUCCUGCAAUUGCUUAAACAAAGCUCAUUUAUUGCCUUGGAUCAUGAUCUUCCUGCUCAAAGCGCUUAGUGUACUCAGGAAACCCAUUACUUGGACAAUUAUGGAGCAGAUCCAUGUGUAAUCAAUCACAUCUACCUCUUAAGGGUCUUACAACAGUUGAACCAUGUGCAUGCUGGUCUAGCAAAUGAAAAACAGUUGGAUACAUUUGAUAGAUCACCUCGUGAGAUGGCCAGUGAGCUGGUUUGGAUUGAAUUUAGAGUUCUGUAGAUAUAGUUAAUUUUUGUUCUAUGAAUUUUUCGAGCAGAUUGUUCUUAAUUCUGGUCAGGUGAUCAUUCUUUGAA